AUGACACGGAGUCCUUUGCUGUUACUGGCUCUACUAUCGCUCGUGACUUACGUGCAUGCUUUUAAUUUUGACUUUGGCUUCAAUGGACAUCAUCGCGAGCAUGAGCAUGAGCAUGAGCACGAGCAUGAGCAUGUUGACUUUUACGAGACGCUGGAAUUGACAAUGGAGGCUUCUGAGGCCCAAAUCAAAAAGGCUUACCGCAAAUUAAGCCUUAAGUAUCACCCGGACAAGAACAAAGGGGACGAAGAGGCCGAGAGUCGUUUUCAUGAGAUUUCACGCGCUUACGAGGUCCUUUCAGACCCACAGAAGCGCCAGGUUUACGAUUUGGAGGGCUUUGAAGGCCUUGAACGUGAUGAGAAGUCAGGUGGUCGUCCUUCCAGCCCGUUUGACGCCUUCUUUGGUGGGGGCGGAAAGCAACGCGGCCCUGAUGCCGCCGUGGAUGUGCGUGUGACGCUUGAAGAGCUCUACAACGGUGCUCAGAAGCAGGCUCAAUUUUCACGCAAUGUUAUUUGCCGCAAGUGCCGCGGUACUGGCGCGAAAGGAGGUAAGACUACGACAUGCAAGAAAUGUGGUGGGUCAGGACAUGUAUUGGUACAGCAAAAGAUGGGACCGGGAUUUUCUGUGCAAAUGCAGCAGCCGUGCCCUAAAUGCGGCGGUCGUGGCAAAACUUUCAAGAAAGCGUGUCCGUUUUGCAAUGGUAAUAAGGUUGUCAAGGAGGACAAAGUGCUGACUGCCGACAUUGAACGCGGAAUGCCGUCACAGCAUGAGAUUGUCUUCGAGCGCGAGAGCGAACAGCGCCCGGGAAUUGUGCCAGGAAACGUCAUUUUCCGCCUGCACCAAGUGCCUCACAGCCACUUUCGCCGCGCAGGUGAUGAUUUACAUUUCGAUCUCGCUAUUUCGCUGGAAGAGGCAUUGCUGGGCUACAGGAAACCUAUGAAGCAUCUUGAUGAUCGAACUGUGGUGCUAGCGAGUUCGGAGGUUACGAAGCCUUUCGAAGUCCGCACUGUAGAAGGUGAGGGCAUGCCUGUACACAAUUAUCCGUCCCAACAUGGCAACUUGCUUGUACACCAUGAGAUUCUGUUUCCCACGUUUCUGACUGAAGAACAAAAGAUGCUUGUGAAGAAGUUGCUGCCGGAAGAUCCUGUUACGGCUUGUAUUACAAGCUUUAAGAAAGUCCAUAUUAACGUCGACGCCAUGGACGAACAAUGGAGAACAAAACAACUUGAGCUUAAGCAGCGAUUGAUCGAAUCAGAUGUGGUACAGUGGCAGCUUCAUCCUCAUGUUGAUUGCGCUCCUCUGAUCGACAAGAGCAGCAGCUGUCGAAUGCUCCAAAGAUUGGCUGGAGUAGAUAUCAGUUUUCUUAAGGGAUCAAAUAAGCACGCGUGUGCUUCCAUCGUGGUGCUCGAAUUCCCGUCAAUGACGCUGCUAUAUGAAGCCUUCACGUAUGUGUCUUUACCAGCCCCGUACAUCGCCGGAUUCUUGGCAUUUCGAGAAGUACCAGCACUCUCAAAGCUCUUUAACGAUCUUUGCCGACGUUGUCCAGACCUGAUUCCAGACGUGACUUUAGUAGACGGCAACGGAGUCUUGCAUCCCCAAGGCUUUGGUCUUGCCUCUCACUUUGGUGUGCUCGAAGAUAUUGCAACAAUUGGUGUAAGCAAGACGCUUUUACAUGUCGAUGGUCUCACUAAAUCCGACGUGAAAGCAUCAAUGAACAAUGCACGGGAAAAAGGUCAAGACAUUGUCAAGCUUAGAGGAGAAUCUGGUAAAAUUUGGGGAGCUGCGCUAUGUUGUACAGCUGCGGUCAAAAAUCCCGUUUAUGUGUCGACCGGGCAUCAAUUAUCACUCGAUACUAGCGUCGCAAUCGUCCAAGCUUGUUCGUUGCAUCGCGUACCUGAACCAAUUCGUCAGGCCGAUUUGCGGUCACGGGAAGUAAUCAGGGAGUGGACGAACGCAAGUCGUGUCGACAUGUCGCUAGAUCGCUAUCAUGUGAAUGCACAUCUCGUACGCUAA